GCUUGUCUCAUGCGGUUGGCUGUCUGUCAGUCUCGAUGUACGAGCGUGUGCGAGUGGAUCUGUCGGAGUCAACGACGACGAAGCAGUGCAAAACGACGACGAAUGAUCAGUCACUUCUCGAGCUUGUCGUUGAUGUGUGUGUGUAUGUGUGUAUGACGCGACACGCGUGCGCCAUAAUAGCAUGUGCAUCCACCUGAGCGAUCGUCGGCUUGUAUCGUAAGCCAUAUAAUCGAUCGACAUAGUCGAUUUGAUUUCGAUCCGUAACAUCGUCGCUAUGGUCGUCGAUAAGAUGCACGUACGCCAGAAGCCGAAGUAUCCGAAGGCGGUAUUCUUCAUCAUUAGUAAUGAAUUCUGCGAGAGAUUUUCCUUCUACGGGAUACGCACCGUACUAUCGCUAUACUUGAGCGACGUGCUGCAUUAUUCCGGGAACACUUCCACCGUAAUCUAUCAUAUUUUCACUAUGUUUGUCUAUUUCUUCCCAUUAUUCGGCGCAAUCCUGGCGGAUUCGUGGCUUGGAAAAUUUCGCACUAUCUUCUAUGUGAGUGUUAUUUAUGCAAUUGGACAAUUGCUCUUGGCCAUAAGUGCAGCACCUACAUUAUUAGGAUUGCCUCCAAGAGAAUUUUCGUUGUUGGGCCUAUUUCUAAUAGCAGUCGGCACAGGCGGUAUAAAACCUUGCGUAUCGGCCUUCGGGGGUGACCAAUUUAUCUUGCCGCAACAGGAACGUUACCUAGCAAUGUUCUUUUCUCUCUUCUACUUCUCCAUUAACUCGGGCUCACUAAUUUCCAGCUUCAUGACUCCUUUGCUACGUAGCAAUGUGCGAUGUUUUAAAGAGUCAACCUGUUAUUCCCUAACAUUUUUGGUCCCCGCUAUUUUAAUGAUACUAUCUAUUGUAAUAUUCGUCCUUGGGAAACGAAUGUAUAGAAUAGUGGAGCCUACAGGGAACGUUGUCGUCAAGGUUUUCAAGUGCGUUUCCCACGCAAUCUAUAACAAGAUAAAGGGCAAGAACGGGAAACGCGAAUAUUGGCUUGAUCACGCCGACGAUACGUACGAUCGUAAGCUGAUCGACGACAUCAAAGUUUCGCUGCAGGUGUUGAAGUUGUUUAUACCGCUGCCAGUGUUCUGGGCUCUUUAUGAUCAACAAGGCUCUCGAUGGACCUUCCAAGCCACUCAAAUGGACGGUCAGAUAGGCAGUUUUCUGAUGCCACCAGAUCAAAUGCAGGUUGUCAAUCCGCUGUUGAUCCUCGCUUUCGUACCUCUUUUCGAAAUGUGCAUCUAUCCGGUCUUUGCAAAGAUACACCUGAUCAACACACCCUUAAAGAAACUUGCUACUGGCAUGUUUCUGGCUGCUCUGGCCUUUGUUGUGACUGGCAUCGUUGACCUGCAACUUGAGAAAACGUCCCCAGUGUUACCGUCAGCGGGAUUGGGGCAGCUCCGAAUCUUUAAUACGCUAAACUGUGACGUGGAUAUAAAAUUCAAGAGCAGGGAAUCAGUCACUGUAAAUCGUCUCAGCAUGUGGGCGGACUUAAAUGUGAAAACAAAUGGAUCGGUUAUGCGAUUAUCCUAUACCGCAGAUUUCACCAAAUGCGAUAUGAAGCUUUACACUAACCUGCAACAGGAUACGAAAGACAGCAUCAUCAUAGUCAAGGAAUCCACCGCGUCCUCUUGGGUCAUAACACCCGAAGGACUAAAUUAUCAUUACGAUGACAAAGUGGACAAGUCACGCAACGGCAAUUCCAUAGUCCGCGGUCUCAUCUACAUUGCUCCAUCAAAAAGCAACUCCGCAACGUUGAAAUUUAAUCGUAAUGGCGAGACAGUAAAUUGGAUGUCGUUCACUUCGACCACAUUUCGGCCUUCGAAUCUUCAAGAACUCCAGCCAAAUAAAUAUGACAUCUAUCUAGAUAAUACUAAACUGCAGCAGGACGUCGAAUUCAAACCAGGCGGCGUAUAUACCGUAAUGGGUGCUUACAUACGUGAAGACAUCACUACUCACACGAUCACAGUCACAACGCCUAACUCAAUACACAUGAUGUGGUUGCUACCACAGUACAUCAUCAUCACGAUGGCUGAGGUGAUGUAUUCAGUGACGGGCCUACAAUUUGCCUUUACCCAGGCGCCGAAAAGUAUGAAGUCCUUGUUGCAGGCAGGUUGGCUGCUAACUGUGGCCUUCGGCAAUCUUAUCGUAGUGAUUAUAUCAGAGGUGUCAAUUUUCGAUCGACCGGCAUAUGAGUCAUUCCUUUAUGCUGGUUUGAUGCUACUAAUUAUGGUUGUGUUCACCGUGAUGUCUUUGUUCUACAAAUACGUAGAAAUACCGGAUGAUGAGAGUAGUAAUGGGGAUAUAGCGUUGGAAAACAAAGAUGGGAAUGUUAAUAUCGCUUACAAAGAAGACGAGAAAUGACGUUGAGUGAUAACGACGAACAAGAUGUCGUAAUUUUUUCUGUGUUCCUCGAUUACUCUUGAACGAUUAGGUAAAAGAUGUCAUCGUUCGUACAAGAGUUGCCCCCUUUUCCAUCAGAUAUCUGAUAUGCUCAAGAAUGGUAUGACAAGAACCAUUCUUAACGUACAAAUUUAUUCAGUCAAAAUUUUACAACAAAUUUGAAAGUUGAAAAUGUAUAUUCCAUUAAGUCGCGCAACAACGAGAAGAAUCACAAACGGAUCUUAAAAGACAUUGUAAUUUCAUUAAGAGAGAAACAAAGAUCUAUCUUAUAUUUUGAAAAUA